AUGUUACAGAAGACGACGGUAGACGCAUUGCGCAAGCGCAAGUGCACUUUUGAAAACGCUCUGAUUCUUGCGCUAUGUAUUUCCUUUCAGCAAGCGUCUUUGAUAUUACGUGAUCCAACAAGGGUCGUGUGUCCAGUAAUCGAUGUCAUAAGCAUGGAUACCUUCCAGUAUAUCGGUGCAUCUGCCGACCUCCGUGGAGGUUUCGACUGGAACCUGGUCUUUAAGUGGGAGUAUCUGUCGCACGCUGAGCGCUCUGCCCGUUUAAGCGAUCCCACGCAGGUGAUUCGGACUCCGAUGAUCGCUGGUGGCCUGUUCAGCAUGGACCGACAGUACUUCAACAAGCUCGGGAAGUACGACAUGCGGAUGGACGUGUGGGGUGGCGAGAAUCUCGAGAUUUCAUUCAGAGUAUGGCAAUGUGGUGGGUCCCUUGAAAUAGUACCUUGUUCCCGAGUAGGCCACGUGUUCAGGAAACGUCACCCCUAUACCUUCCCUGGCGGUUCUGGUGCUGUCUUCGCAAGGAAUACAAGGAGAGCUGCAGAAGUGUGGAUGGACGACUACAAAGAGUUGUAUUACAGGUCGCAGCCAUUGGCCAAGCAAGUGGAAUUCGGAGAUAUAUCGGAGCGCGUGGCCCUCCGCGAGAAGCUUCACUGUAAGCCGUUCCGCUGGUACCUGGAGCGGGUGUACCCCGAGCUGCAGGUGCCGGCGCUGGCGGGGGGCGCGCACGCCAUCCGACAGGGACCCAGGUGUCUCGACACUAUGGGACAUCUUGUCGACGGAACGUUAGUAUUAAACAGAAUUGGUAAUGUUGUCAUUCAAAACUAUUGUUGGCUAAUGAACUGUGCCAUCGCGGUGAAUUUCUACAGCUCGGCAUAUGUCACGGCGACAAAAUCCUGUCGUCAUGAUGCUGAUAUUGCAAAUAUAAAACCAACAUUUAUGAUACUUCAACGCUUUCCAGGCAUGUAUCCUUGUCACAACACCGGCGGCAACCAAGAAUGGCGGUUCGAGAACGGCCUGAUCCGUCACCACAGUCUGUGUAUCUCGCUGUCAGCCGAGGAUCGCGUCACGGCGGUACUCGCCGCCUGCGACCCCUCGGAUGACGCUCAACUAUGGCGCAGACGCGGCCUACUCAUCAGACACGCCAAACUUGACGCCUGCCUCGAUUCCGAAAGGCCAGCGCUAUAUCUCGAGCAGUGCGACGAAGACAAACUGAGCCAACAGUUCUCCUUCUAA